GAGAUGAGAAAGGUGAAGGGAGUCCAUACGAAGCUAAGGAGUUGAGUUUUGUUGCGUGGUCUUUUCAAUUUUGAUUUGCGGAGGGAGGGAGGGACGAGAAAGUGUUAAAAAGCAGCAGUUAAUUUGAACAUAAGCAUUAUCAUUACCGAGGGACAUACAGUCACAGAUCGUGAAAGCGCCUCUCUACUCUCUUCUUCUUUGUGGUUCCAGAGAUCUUCGCUGUGGUGCUGUUGGAUUGAUAGAGGAAACUAAAGCAUUCGCUCCAUGCCUCGGGGGCAUUAGCAUUAAUACGCUCCCACCUAAUUUUUUUCGUGCUUAUCAACACAGUCACACACUGCUUGUGCGCGAGCGCUAAAUCUGUGACAAUUAUAAGAAGAGCGGGUUAACGUGAAUGUCUCUGAGUUUCUUGUUCGUAUCGUGUUGUCUGAACUCUGAAGCAAUCUCUUCUGCAACUGCACUUUACCGGAAUAAGAACAUGAAUGAAAAUAAAAAGUUAGCUGUAGGUAAGUGAAGAUCUGGGAUUCUUAGAGGACCAACUUAGAUCUCUUGAAUGUCUCAAAUCGACAGCUGCUGUUCCUGUCGCAACUGCAAUUGCUAGGGUUUUUGAUUCAUACCAAUGACUACCAAACGCGCGUAUAAGCUACGUAUCCUUCAUGUCUCUGGAACAUUAUGUUUGAUCUGCACACUUGUUUCUCAUUUUCUAUCUGUAGAUCUCUCUAGUCUCCGCUUGCGUACUUCAAUUUGUCAUGCUUUUAUUGAAGUCUUUGUGUGAGUUAUGCUCGUUACUGCUUCCCUCAAUUAGUUGGCUUGGCCUUGACGAGUUAUGUCCAGAGGAAUUUGUAGCACAUUCUUCUACUGUCAAUUGCCUGAAGAUUGGACGGAAAUCAUCCAGGGUUCUUGUCACUGGAGGUGAAGAUCACAAAGUCAAUCUUUGGGCUAUUGGCAAACCUAAUGCCAUUCUGAGUCUGUCAGGACAUUCAAGUGGAAUAGAUUCCGUAAGCUUUGAUUCUUCUGAAGUGUUGGUAGCUGCUGGAGCUGCAAGUGGUACUAUCAAACUUUGGGACUUAGAAGAGGCAAAGAUUGUUCGUACUCUUACUGGCCAUAGGUCCAACUGUACAUCAGUGGACUUUCAUCCUUUUGGAGAGUUCUUUGCAUCUGGUUCUCUAGACACUAAUCUUAAGAUAUGGGACAUCAGAAAGAAGGGUUGUAUCCAUACAUACAAAGGCCACACUCGAGGGGUAAAUGCAAUUAGAUUUACCCCCGAUGGACGCUGGGUUGUUUCAGGUGGAGAGGACAACACUGUAAAGUUGUGGGAUCUGACAGCAGGAAAACUCUUGCAUGAUUUUAAGUGUCAUGAGGGUCAGAUCCAGUGUAUAGAUUUUCAUCCCAAUGAGUUUCUACUAGCAACAGGCUCUGCAGAUAGAACAGUUAAAUUUUGGGACCUAGAAACCUUUGAGCUUAUUGGUUCAGCUGGUCCUGAGACAACUGGAGUGCGUUCUCUUACUUUCAGUCCUGAUGGGAGAACUCUGCUUUGUGGUUUACAUGAGAGUUUGAAGGUUUUCUCUUGGGAACCUAUAAGAUGCCAUGAUAUGGUGGAUGUGGGUUGGUCUAGAUUGUCAGAUCUUAAUGUUCAUGAAGGAAAACUUCUUGGCUGCUCAUACAAUCAAAGCUGUGUUGGGGUCUGGGUUGUGGACAUUUCGCGUAUAGAACCAUAUGCACUUAAUAAUGUGAACCAACUAAAUGGACAUUCAGAAACUAAAUCUUCAAGUGGAAAUAUGACUGUACUGAAUGAGAUCACAGCUAAGGCUAGGCUAUCUGUUUCUCAAAAUCCUGAUCCAUUACUGAAGGAAACAAGAUCUCUUGGGAGGCUGUCAGUUUCUCAAGAUUCAGACCCCUUAAAGGAGGGAAAAUGCUCGGCAUCCACAGGAAGUGCACCAAGUACUCCUCAAAGGAUCAAUUUGAACUCAGGUCCCAAAACAGUAUCUGGUGGUUCAACAACAGUGGUUAAUACAACAGCUCAGAAAAGGAGUUCUUUGAAAUCUCAUACAACAUCCAGUGUUCCACUUCUCAAUAAAUCAGAUAUUAUACCUGUAAUUGUCCCCAGAACUAGCAUAAGGUCAGAGCCUGUAGCCGAUUCUAGAAAGGAAGUUGGUGUUGCUGGACGAACAAUGCCAUUCCCGUUGCAGUCAAAGGCAGCAGAUAUACGUAAAUUUCCAAGCAACAGAGAUGAUGUGGAUAAGCCUCCUCUCUCUCCUGUAACUGAAUCUGCAGCUUCAAAGGGUAGUGAAUUAAGUGGUUUUGCAGAUAAAAAUAAUUUCCCUGCUUGUGUAAGCUCUACUCAAGAUGAAGCUCGGAGCCAGAAAAUGAACCGCGAUGUAUGUUCUGUUGAAGUACAGAAAGGAGGGAGAAUGCGCUCACUUCUCAAUCUAGAAAAGAGGGAUCGAUCUCUUAAUUAUGAGGGACCUAGACAAGGAAUUUCUCAUGGAAGGAUAUCAUCAGUUCAUAUGCUCCCUUUGAGUGGGAGAGGACAUUCCAUAUCCACUGAGAAGGCCACAGUUUCUGCUACUGAUGAAGAUUCCAUUGCUGAUGUAAUGGAACAGCAUGAUGAAUUUCUUAGCUCUAUGCUGGCUCGUUCAGCUAAGCUACAGAUGAUCUUCAGAUGCUGGGAAAGAAGUGAUGUUAAGGAGGUCAUCGGCAUAAUGGCAAAGAUGGAUGAUCAUGCUGUGAUUGCUGAUGUUGUUAGCAUUAUGAUGGAGAAAAUUGAUAUCGUGACACUUGAUAUAUGCACUGCACUUCUGCCUCUUCUUACUGACCUUCUGCAAAGUGAAAUGGAUAGACAUCUAGGAAUAUCCUUGGAAAUGCUAUUGAAACUGGUCAGAAUAUUUGGUUCAGUAAUCUAUUCAACCCUGUCAGCUACACAACCCGUUGGUGUUGAUAUUGAAGCUGAGAAAAGGCUAGAACGCUGCAACCUCUGCUUCAUAGAGCUUGAAAAAGUUAAACGUUUUUUACCUUCUCUUUCAAGAAGAGGAGGAGCAAUUGCAAAAUCUGCCCAAGAGUUGAAUCUGGCUUUCCAGGAUAUUUCGUGAUUCUGACCUGAUUCAAUUAUUUCUGCUGCUCAAGUUUUGCCGGGGCUUUUGGGGGUUUUGUGCAUUUUAAAGAUUUAAACCUCUACACGAGUCACCGAAUAGUUUGAUGCGUUGUCUUUUGGCAUCGAAUGGGGCCUUUUAUUGUAUGUACAUUUAUUGCUGUAUGGUAAUUGAUAAGUGGAGGCACUGAUGACUGCUAAUUCUGAGACAUAUACUCGAAGCUAGAGCCUAUGAGAUAUGUCACCCUCUGCCGAUGGUUGCACAGCUCUGACUAUAACUUGUCGUCAACUGCUAAUGUGAAGAUCUCAGUCCGUUCGACUACUAACCUAAUAUGUGGCGCAAGAUACUACUGUAUCUAAUCUUAUUUCAAAAUUUUAUGAUUUGUUAUGGUGCUUUAAGUCCCGUUAUACAUGGUGAGUGGCGCCGUUCAUAUUUCUAUUUGUUGCAUAUUCUUGUAUGAUUUUCUUUCAAUGCUUUUGGUGAAAUAUGACGAUGGAAUAGUGUCUUAUAUGGACUAAGAAAAUUAAGUCACAGCUAUGCCAAAUGAUCUAGUAUCUUCAUGGAUUAUCUACAAAAGGGUUUCCUUUUUCCCUACACUCUUCAAUCCAAAUAUUUCAUGUGUAAUAAAGUUUCUAAGAG